ACCACUAGGGCAGGCACGCAGAGACCGCGCGAGUCCGGCGCAUCUGUGCGGAACCAAAAGCCCAAAGGAGAAGUUCCUGCCGGAUCCCGAACACCGGCGCUCCGGCUCUGGGCCUAAGUGCGCAGCCCGCUGCUGCCCUCUCCCGGCGCAGGCGCAGAAACGGCUCCAGCGUUGUUGCGCCAGCCCAGGUACGCCCGGCGUCUGCGCUUGUCAAACAGCUGUCGCCCGCAGUCUCGCCUCUUAAGUGACUCAGAGCAGGGUGGCCGUUGGCAGUGGGGCAAGCCGAUCCAGAUGAACAGAGAUGUCUGCAUCCAUGCCUGGCCGUGCUCCUACUAUUUGGAGUCUGAGAAGCAAUGGGUUCCUGGGAAACUGUCGUUAAUGCCUCUUUCCCUGAAGUUUACGGCCGAUAAAACCGGAGAGACGCUGGUUAGCUUUCCCCUCUCCAGUGUAACUGAGAUCAAGAAGGAGGCCUCCCACUUCAUCUUCAGCUCUAUCACUGUGCUGGAAAAGGACUGCCUGAAGCACUGGUUCAGUGCCUUGCAGCCUAGCCGCAAUGCCGCUUUCAGCACCAUCGAGCACUUCUGGAGAGCGCUGCUGUUGUCUGGGCCCCCAGCUGAGGCGGCCUCCCCACCGGUGACCGAGGGGAGGAAGCUGACUGCUCUGAUGGCCUGCUCCCAGAAGCGUCUGGAGGACACAUCCAGGGUCCUCCACCAUCAGGGUGAGCAGCUCGAUGGCAUUGCAAGGGGCCUGGACAGGAUGGAGUCUGAUCUGGACACGACUGACAGGUUACUGACAGAACUGGAAUCUCCUUGGUGGCCCUUUAGCUCCAGGAGUUGGAAGAUGCCAUCAGAAACAAAGCCCAGGGGAGGCACCUCCGUGGUUAGUUCCAGAGGUUUUGGAAAAGAAGGAAUAGUGAUCAACAUUCCUGCUCUCAUUUCCCAGGGAACAGAAUCGCAUGUUAAAUCAGGGAGGUUCACCAUCCUUGUUUCUGGGCUGGAAAUCCAUGACGCAGAUUCCUUGCUCAUGCACAGAUUUGAAAGAGAAGAUGUAGAUGACAUUAAGGUUCUCACACCUUAUGAAAUCAGCAUCCGCCAGCGGUUCAUUGGGAAGCCAGACAUAGCUUACCAAUUGAUAUCUGCCAAGAUGCCAGAGGUGAUCCCCAUUUUGGAAGUGCAGUUCAGCAAGAAGAUUGAGUUUUUAGACAGCACCUUGAUGCCCAGAAGCACUGGAACCUCCUCCGCAGCAGAGAAGGGCUACUCACUCUGGCACACAGCAUCUGAGCUAAUGGACCGUGCAGGGUGUUGUGAGCCCUCCUCGGGGAGCCCGGACAGCAGGCUGCCUUCAGUGCAGAGCAGCACGCCAUUCAUUUCCGAGGGAGACACCCAGGAGCUGGGACAGAUCCUGAGGAAGCUGAGGGGCCUUGCCUUAGACACUGAGGCGGAGCUGGGGAAGCAGAAUGAGGCCCUGGACAGCAUCACCACGGCCGUGGACCAGACAACCCUCACCCUCCACAAGCAUGACCGGAGGAUGAAGAAGCUGGCCUAGGACGCCAGCACCGGCAACGGCCAGGCAGGAGGCCAGCUGGGCCCAGGGCUGCUCGAGGGCCAGGCCACACGCCCAGGGUGGUGCCUACUGCCCUCGGGAGCCCUGCCUGCAGACCCUCCCAGUGUGGGCCAGCCUGUCCCUGCCAGGGAGGCCCCAUCCCCUCUCUGUUCUCACUGCCUCUCUGGGGGCCUCUGCUCCACUGCCCACCUGGCACAGACCCCAGCGGACCAGCACACCCUCCCCACUCACAGCCUGCCUGUUCUCUGUAGCUUAGCACACCCACUGCCUCACGUGCCCAUUUCCCCUGGGGGACAUGUGGGGUCCCCUGCUUGUGUCCUUACUUUAUAACAUCACUCAAGAGUCCAGCAAUCUGAUAUCCAGAAACACCCAAUAUAUUCCUAACAGCCCACAUACCUGCACAUGAAAUAGACCUUACUUCCCUGAAUAAGCUGAGUCAAUGUGCUUUAUUGUGUGCUUUCUACACAAACACAAGGGGAAUCUCACUCCUACAUCCACCUCCAGACACUGACUCUCCCCACCGCCCCACUGCAGGGCACCGACCAUCUUCCUGGGCCCCCACGCUAGUGCAGCCCCUCUGCAUCCACAUCAGAGGCGAGACUUGCUGGCUGGAGGCAAUGAUGUCAGGGAGUGGACCAAAGGGAGGAGAUGGGCAGGCAGGCUGGGAGCCUUGUGCCAUCCCUGCUGUGCCAGUCCUGAGAGUGGUGAUUGCUGGAACUUGGCAGAUCCCGUCAGGUCAGUGGAACCCUUGGUGAGCAGUGGGGCCAUCUAAGGCCAUUGUCAUCAUCAUCAGCCCCGGGUUUAGAUCAGGGUCUAAGGACGUCCUCCUGUGUUUACCUUCGUGACGAGGAGCUUGCCCUCUGAUUGGUGUUUGGUCCAUGUGCGGUCAAGCUCCCCUUGGGCUUUAUUCCUGCCCCUGAAUAUGUUUCCUUUGGCCUUUGACUGAUGCAGGUGGGUUAUGUUAGCUUGUCACCUUGAAAGGUGUUUGUACUUCCUGAAAUGCAUGGUUUGGGCCUGUUUCACACUCAAAGUGGAAAACUCAAGACCCAUGUAUAGGGCAGUUGUGAUACGAGCAAUAAGCUAAAAUGAACUGUUUGACAUUUCACCAAAAAUGGCUGAUUGUUUUGUUGGUUUAGGGCAUGGUUGGCAUACUUCUGAAAGACCAGGUAGACCUACACCAUCCUUGAUCCAGUGAGCAUCUAUCACACAUCUCAAGUCCACUGUUUACAUGAAGGCCGUCCAGGUUUAUGCACGAUGGGCUUGCCAUUUCCAAUAAAACUACCUGUGCAAUUGGAAUGUCA